AUGUAGAGUUGGUUUUCUGUAGAGGCUGUCCCUACUAUGUCGUAAUGUGAAAGAAAGACACCUCCUUUACAUCGAACCGCCUCUACGAUUUAUAGAAGGGUUUACACGAGCUCCUAGCAAAACUAACUGUAGGAGUCUACCGUAGACUAUGCAAGUCCGCGUGGUGAUACAAGGGCCGAGUCCUUGGGGCUUCAGGCUGGUGGGAGGCAAGGAUUUUGACCAGCCCCUGACUAUUUCACGGGUAUCCCCUGGAAGCAAAGCUGCAGAAGCUAACCUGUGCAUAGGAGACCUGAUUCUGUCUAUUAAUGGAGAACAAACUGAGAGCAUGACUCACUUGGAAGCUCAAAAUAAGAUCAAAAACUGCAUUGAGGAGAUGGUGCUUACAAUUGACAGGUCUGAAUCGAAGAUUUGGUCUCCGAUGGUCUCAGAAGAUGGAAAAACAAAUCCAUAUAAAAUGAAUUUAGCCAGUGAGCCACAGGAGGUGAAACACAUAGGAAGUGCUCACAACCGGAGUGCAAUGCCAUUUUCUUCCGGUUCAGCUUCCAGCACCAGUCCAAAAGUUGUAACAAAUCAGUACAACAGCCCUGCAGGUUUAUACUCCUCUGAUAAUAUAAAGAAAUUGAACACUGCCUUGGAGGCUAAGACUGUCCCUGCUGCAUCUCCGGAGCCAAAUAAAACCCCUGCGUCUUCUACUGGUAUGCUUAAAGCACCUAUUGCUUCAGUCUAUGCUCCCCACAAGACUUGCUCUGCCCCAACAGCUCUUCAACGACGGCACAGCACUUCAUCCAUCCCCAGCCCAAUACGUGUAGGCCCAGAGGAGCUGAAGCAAGCUGUCCGCUGUUGUCCCAACAGCCCUGUGGAGGUGGAGGUUCCGGGACUCAAAGUUUUGCACAUGCAGUUUAACUCUCCUUUGCAACUCUAUUCACAGUCAAAUAUUCUGGACAGUUUACAGGGACAGAUUUCAACAGUUAAUCCUGAUUUUAUCAGUUUAGAAGUGAAUAAACCUCCCACAAAAGUAGCAGUGGAUACAGGCUCUGAAGUCUAUAAAAUGCUCCAGGAAAACCAAGAGGCAGCUGAACCUCCUCGACAGUCUGCCUCAUUCAAAGUAUUGCAGGAGAUCUUGGAGUCUGAUGAGAAAGGGGAUGGUGAUAAGCCAUCUGGUUUCCGAAGUGUGAGGGCCCCUAUCUCAAAAAUUGGUGGAUCUGUUGGGAAUGCAGAGAAGCUACCAGUCUGUGACAAAUGUGGAUCUGGUAUUGUGGGUGCUUUUAUAAAGCUGAGACAGAAGUUUGUCCAUCCCGAUUGCUACACAUGCUCAGACUGCGGCAUGAAACUGAAGCAGAAGGGCCACUUCUUUGUGGAAGAUAAGAUCUACUGUGAGAAGCAUGCCAGGGAACGUGUAACUCCCCCUGAAGGCUACGACGUUGUUACCGUGUUUCCCAAAUAAGACUGGAGAUCCAGAGCUGGCAGCACUGAAUGUCAUGUCACAUCCAUUUUCACACUCAUACUUGUCUCGCCUGCUGAGUGACUGCAGAUUUUCAACCACUGGCCAUAUGCCGCACAUACCUUCUCAUAAGCUUUGCCUUCAUUAUCACUCUUUUAUACUGUUCAUUAUAAUCACAGCGCUUAAAUAAAAACUGUGUUCUUGUU